AUGGACAACUUUGUUGUGAGAAAAUCUGGGGGGUUGAAUGUGAGACAAACAACCAUAAGUGAGAAAUGGAAGAAACAAGAUAGAGAUGAAGUUUGUCAAAUAAUGGCUAGGUGGUUCUAUACAAGUGCCAUUCCAUUUAAUGCUGUAAAUAACCCAUUAUUUCCUUUAAUGAUUAGGAAAUUGGGAGAAUAUGGAAAAGGACUUAAACCACCUUCAUACCAUGAAAUGAGAGUGACCUUUUUGAAAAAAGAGGUGCAAGAGACAUUGAAUUUGCUCAAUAUGUACAAAAAAGAGUGGAAAAAAACUGGUUGUACUAUUAUGUCCGAUGGAUGGUCUGAUCAGAGAAAGAGAACAAUGAACAAUUUUCUUGUGAAUAGUCCAGCUGGUACUGUGUUCUUAUCUUCGGUAGAUACCACUGAUAUUUCAAAAACAGCUCAAAAAUUAUUUGAAUUGUUAGAUGGUAUUGUGGAAAAAAUUGGAGAGGAUAAUGUUGUGCAGGUCAUCACCGAUAAUGCUUCUAAUUAUAAGACAGCUGGAAAAAUAUUGAUGGAAAAGAGAAAAAGAUUGUUUUGGACCCCUUGUGCUGCUCAUUGUAUUGAUCUAAUGUUAGAAGAUUUUCAAAAGUUUGAUUCUCUCCACAAAGUUACUAUACAAAAAGCGAAAUCAGUGGUUACAUAUAUUUAUUCAUGGGGUACAGUUAUUAAUUGGAUGAAACAGUUCACUAAUGGCAAGGAGUUGAUUAGACCUGGAGUUACUCGUUUUGCUACUUCAUACUUGACCAUGAGACGUCUUAGCGAGCUGAAAGGGAAUUUGUUUAACUUUUUCUGUUCGGAUAAAAAGAAAACAAGCAUGUAUGCUAGGAGAAACAAGGGGAAAAAAAUUGAGAGCAUCAUUUUUGAUAAUCAACAAUUUUGGCCAAAUGUGGAGUUAUGUUUAAAGAUAGCUUCGCCUCUUAUCAAAGUAUUGAGGAUGGUUGAUUCUGAUGAAAAACCAGCCAUGGGCUUUCUCUAUAAAGCUAUUGAUCAGGCAAAAGAAGAAAUCAAACAAAAUGUGAACAAUAUUCGAAAGAGAUUUGAAUCGGCAUUUGCUAUCAUUGAUAAAAGAUGGGAAGAUCAAUUGAGUCAUCCUUUACAUGCCACGGGUUAUUAUUUGAAUCCUCAAUUUCAAUAUAGUCCAGAUUUUCAGUCGGAUGCAAAUAUAAAACGUGGCCUUUAUGAUUGCAUUGCUAAGAUGGUUCCCGAAUCUGGUGAAAGGGUGAAGAUUGAUUUGCAAUUAGAUGAUUUUCGACAUGCAAAUGGAUUAUUUGGUCAUGAAAAUGCUGUACUAACAAGAAACAAGAAAUCUCCUGCUGAUUGGUGGGAAUCUUAUGGCGAUGAGUGUCCAGAGUUGAAAAAUUUUGCCAUUCGAAUUCUCAGUUUAACUUGUAGCUCUUCUGGAUGUGAGCGAAAUUGGAGCGCAUUUGAAUUGAUAAUAAUGUUUUCAUAUAAUAUAAUAUCUCAUUUAGUACAUUCUAAGAGAAGAAACCGUUUGGCUCAAAAAAGAAUGAAUGAUCUUGUGUUUGUGAUGUACAACUUGAAGUUGAGAGAGAGACAAAGGCAAAGGCAACGUAUUAUUGAAGAAAUUCCUUUUGAGAAUUUGCCUUCAGAUGAUGAAUGGGUGACAGAGAGAGAAAAUCCAACUCUUCCAAGAGAAAAUAGCUGGUUACGAGUUCUAGAUGACAAUCCCAAAUGUGACACUUCAGAUGAAGAGGGAAAUGAAGAUGAUGAAAUUGAAAUACUUACAAGAAAUGUGCAGAGAGUUUAUGAUCAUGAAGAUCGUCAAACCCAUGUCCGUUGA